AUGGAUCGUGGGCGGAACCACAACCAACGUGGCAGGGGUAGAGGGAGAGGGAGAGGUGGGCGCGGUGGGCGCGGAGGCCAGGAAAGAGGGGGUUCAGGAAAAGGAGGGCGCGGAAGGGGCACGGGUGGCGGAGGACCAGGACGGGGAACGGGAACGGCAAGGGGUGGGAGCGGAGCAGAUUUUGCUGGCGGGCCAGCCGUGAAUAUCGGAAGAGGCGGUAACGGGCGUGGUCGCAGUCGUGGAGGGCCCCAGUAUAACCUCUCCGUGGAGCGCAACACUAUGCUCCAGCUGUACCCAGACUAUACGACUGGCGUCCCGCUACCCUCACAUUCCGCCUCAUCUUCGCCGUCCCAACGCGGCUAUCGAGGACGCGGGAUUGGUUCUCCCCAGCGAGGACGUGGCUUUGGCAAACACAAUCGCCAGGGUCCGCUUUCCACGUUGCUCUCAAGCUCAUACCUCCAACCCAUCGUCUUCGUCCGCUCUGUGUAUACAACGACGUUAUUUGAAAACGAAGAUGAUGAAGAACUCAUGCAACCAUUGGUGGAGGACGUCGGAGACGACGAAAACGAGCAUGUCCCCACUGCAGACCGCGUGGCGCGGGUUUUCAGUGGCUCGUUGCCACCAUUGCUGGAUCUAUCUGGCGACGAAGAGCAACUAGAGGAAAUCGACUUUUCUGACCUUGGCAGGAUUCAAGCCCAGGUCGAUGCGGCGGCAGCGGCAGGAGUCCCUCUGACUACGGCAAAGGAUGUCGCAGUCGUGGAAGAGAAGUUCACCGGGAUAUGGAUCAACAAACCAGCUAUCAUUGACGCGAGCAUCAUAUCAUCGUCGUCUCUGACUCAUAACGAACCCACGAUUGCCCCUCCGUCCCCCGAGCCACCUUUUCCAUCCGCUGGAAAUGAUGUUCCUGGCGAGCCAUCGCUCAGAGAAUCGGAGCAAGCAUUUGACGACUCAAGAAGCGCCCAAAUAGUCACCGACUCCUCAAAUGUUCAUUCCCCUCCCUCCCCCGAGCCACCUUUAUUCUUCGUCGAUACUUCCCCAACACCAAUCACCGCUGCCGAGGCACCACCGCCAGGCGCAGAGGCCUCGCUUUCCCAACUACUUGACCGGCAUAGAACCAGCCAGCUAGAGGAAGACGAGGAAAUCAUCGUUUACGUUGCCCCGCACCCACGGACAGCAAGUAGGCUAGACAGAACGCCUUCUCCAGAAACCCCAUCAUCUCGCGCUAUCGACCUUGCUACUGCCGCAACGUCAGUAUUGACCGGCAUCGAACCACCGGCCUUCUCCUCCGUCUCGUUUUCCGUGUUGCCGACGGCUUCCACUUCAAGCCCGCGAAAGCCCCCGCCGACGGCAGCACUGACAGCGCAUGGCCGGAAGAAGGCUAAAAUACAGGCACAGGGGUUGGGGAAGCGCGUACAACGGAGGGCGGGGGCCUUUGGCGCUAGCGCCGCCAUUCUGGCAGAAGCACGACUGAGGGAGGAAGACCCGCGCAAAAACCAGCGGCGGAAAGGCGAUUCGGAUGUCGAUUGGGGAGACUCUGACGAGGAUGAGGGCGCGGACGAGGACACGGGCAUGCUGGUUGACCCAGAUUUGGAUCCCAGCGCCUUGGCGCGGUUUGCGCGCGGGCUUUUGAGUCAGGAGGGCGGGCGGUGGGUUACGAUGGACGAUGUGGAAGAUGAAAUCAAAAUGCGGGAGGAAGACGAGAGCGAACUCGUCAGUGGGGAAUCUGGAGAGGAUUCGGGCAGCGAAUCUGACGAGGAUCCCAUUGUCUGUGCAGAAGAGGCGGCAAUGGUUGGCGAAAGCAGCCUGUCGGAGGAAGACGAUAUGUCGGACUCUGAUUACUCCGAAGAUUUGGAUCAAAGUCCGCGAGCCGCAUUCCAAACGAAACUCGACCGUGCUCGCCAAGCUGCGAAGGGGAAGCAAAAGGCGGACGAGGAAAGCAUGGAGAUGGAAGAGCUGUUCUGGGACGAGAGCGAGGACGAUGAGUUUUUGGAGCCGACGUGGCGAGAGAAGGACGAUGACUUUGCGGCUGAAAUCCAGGCGAUUCUCGAUGAGAACGGCGAUAUACUUGCCUCCUCGUCUCCCCGCGGGCGUAAAGCGCUAUUCAAGGCUGCGGUCAACGGUGAUAUUGACUUUGACGACAUCGAUUUCAAGCCCGCCAAACGAGGAAAGAAGAAACGCGACGACAUCCCUGCCGAAUUGCAGGACAUCUGGGACCGCGACCGCGCAAAGAAGGCGGAGAACAAACAACGGCGGGCACUGGCCCGUCUCGAGCUCGCCGCCGACCCGAUGGCGGCACACAAGGGCGGUAAGAAGGGGCGCAAGGCGAUGCUCGCUGCGGCACGGGUUGACCCCACGAUCACCGUUCUUCCGAACCGGGUUAUCGACCUCACGACACUCGUACAACAAAUCCGGCGGUUCGUCGCGGAUUUGGGCGGGCCGGCCAACAUGUCCCUCCCGCCGACGGACAAGGCCACCAGGGCGAGCGUGCACGAGCUCGCGAAUGCGUUCGGGCUCAAGAGCGUCAGUAAGGGGAAGGGCAUGGCGCGGUAUACGACGCUGACCAAGACGACACGGACGGGCAUCAGGGUAGACGAGAAGAAGAUCGGGUGGAUUUGCAGGCGGGGCGGGGCAAGAGGAGCGUCCUUUGUGAAUGUCCAGGGCGCGGAUAAGGGCAAGGGACCCGCGAUGCCUCGACACAAGGACGGAGACGAGGUUGGCAAGGCCGCACCCAAGAUCGGGGAGUCGAACCUCGGCUUCAAGAUGCUCGCGUCGAUGGGCUGGUCGGAGGGCCAGCGAAUUGGCGCGGCUGCCGACGGCUUGCAUGUACCGUUGAAGGCGGUGAUCAAGAAUAGUAAGUUAGGACUAGGAGCAAUGAGGUAG